AUGGCCACUCGCAGUAUCGGAGACGAUGUGAAAACGUUGGGUCUCCGCUGGAACCCCCUACGGGACGAGCUACAAUACCAGGUGCAAGUUCCAGACAUUUCUAAACGGGUUACGAAGAGAAGUAUUCUCUCGACGAUAGCCCAAAUAUUCGAUCCACUAGGAUUGAUCGGACCAACCACUAUCAAGACGAAAAUUAUAUUACAACGCCUACGGUUGGCAAAGAUUAGCUGGGAUGAAUCUGUUCCACUGGAUAUACACACUCUAUGGACACGAUACGUCGGGCAACUAACAAGCCUACGAAACAUAAAAAUUCCCCGAUUGGUCAAACCUACCAACCCAACGAACAUCGAGCUGCACGGAUUCUGCGAUGCCUCUGAAGCAGCGUAUGGAGCCUGCAUAUACCUCCGAUCAUCGACACCAAAUGGCACCUGGACUACAAGGUUGCUGUGCGCCAAAUCAAAGGUUGCACCGAUAAAAAAUGUGAGCCUUCCACGACUCGAACUGUGCGGCGCACUUCUGCUGGCAGAGUUGAGUAAGAAGGUGAUACAAGCUCUACGAAUGCACAUCAACCAGGUGUAUCUUUGGAGCGACUCAACCAUCACUCUGGCAUGGAUCAAGGGCGAACCGUGCCAAUGGAAAACGUUUGUUGCCAAUCGUGUAGCUGAGAUCCAAGAACUCACGGAUCCCGAUACUUGGCGACACGUUAAAUCCGAGGACAACCCUGCUGACGUCAUCUCACGGGGCAUUGACCCUCAAUUUCUGGAAGGGACUGGUGGCAAGGGCCUACCUGGCUCUCUCAAAGGCCAACCUACUGGCCACACGCACAGCUGCCUGAACCGAUGGACGUUCCCGAGAAGAAGCAACACAGUGUGGUUAAAACGCGUAGUUGCUUAUGGUAUAAGAUUUAAGCACAACACUUUAAAUCGCGAUCAACCAAUGUCUGGACCCUUGACGGUCAACGAAAUUGAAACUGCUUUUUAUCGGGUAGUUAAGCUCAAGCAAAGGCAGGAAUUUCCUAACGAACUCAAGGCUCUCCGCCUGAAACAAAACUUGAAGAACAAUAGUAAAUUUUUAUCCUUACAUCCAUUCAUAGAUAAGGACGGACUUAUCAAAGUAGGAGGUCGGUUAGGAAAUUCUAGCUUGCCUGAAGCCCACAAACAUACAAUUGUAUUACCGGCUAAGCAUCAUUUAACAAGGCUCAUAAUACGAGACGAGCAUUAUCGUUUAUUACACACUGGAUCACAAGCCUUACUUGCUUCAAUACGUACGCGUUUCUGGCCAUUAUCAGGUAGAAACGCAAUAAGAAGGGUGCUGCGCCAUUGCAUAGUGUGCUUCAAAAAUCGCCCUUAUACCUUGAAUCAAUUAAUGGGUGAAUUACCUGGCGCACGAGUCAAGCCAGCACGGGCUUUCACGAAAUGCGGGGUCGACUACGCGGGCCCAUUUACGAUUAAAAUUUCGCGUAACAAAACUGGAAAGGCCUACUUGUGUCUUUUCAUAUGCUUUACGACCAAAGCUAUUCACUUAGAGGUAGCAGUAGAUCUUUCGACUUCGGGUUUUCUUAACGCCUUUAAACGAUUUAUAUCUCGUCGUGGAAAACCAUCCGACAUAUAUUCGGAUAACGGCACAAACUUUGUAGGUGCAAAUAACGAAGUUCGGGAGCUGUAUAACCUCAUAAAAAAUGAACAAACUCGAUCGACAAUAGAAAAUUAUUUUACCCAUCAAGCUAUUAAGUGGCAUUUCAACCCACCUAACUCACCCCACUUUGGCGGCCUAUGGGAAGCCGGUGUAAAAUCAACGAAAACGCAGUUGAACAAAAUCGUCGGUAACGCGUUACUCACAUUCGAAGAACUAUGUACGACGUUCAGCUUAAGGACGUUCACAGGACCUCAUCCAUACCAAAGUGGAGAUAUUUGUUGUUGA